AGGCUGCAGACUUCUUUUACAAAGAUUUGUGAAAGAAUAGGUCGCUCUCAGGAGCUCAGUGAAUUCAAGUGUGGUCCCAUAAUAGGUUGCCACCUGUGCAAUAAGUCCAUUUGGGAAAUUUCCUUGCUACUAAAUAUUCCACUGUCAACUGUUAGUGGUAUUAUAACAACGUGGAAGCAACUGGGAACAACAGCAACUCAGCCAGAAAGUGGUAGGCCACUGGAAAUGUGUUCUCUAGAGUGAUAAAUUAUGCUUCUCUGUCUGGCAAUCCGAUAGAUGUAUUUGGGUUUGGCAGUUGCCAGGAGAACGGUACUUACCUGACUGUAUUGUGCCAAGUGUAA